AUGAAGAUCUUUUUCACUGCCAUCAUCAAGGUGCUUCACCAGCAGCAUUCUACCAUGUCUGGAAAGUACCGGCCUCAAAGGAAGUCGGCACAAAUUUGUCUAGCUAAUUUACGCUCCACAUAUACGGGAGUGACGCCGAUUGACACCGAGGUUGAGGAGGACGUAGCCAGUGAAGACUCUGACUUCAAAGUACCGGCUAGUGAUUCCACUUCCUCUUCGAGUAACGCUUCGGAGGCAGAAGUUGAGGACCAAGAGUUGGAUGAGGGACUGAACGAGGAGCCUUUGAGUGACUCAUCGAAUUGCGGAUUCGUCAAUGUUGCCUCUCCCAAUGAGCCCGACUCUCGCACCCACUAUACCUCAGAAUUUGCAAGAGCCUUAAGCGAAAACGUGGAAGUUAGCGGCCAAAAAAAGCCGAAAGAUGUCGUGCUGGAUGCAUUCCAAUCUGAGUUGCAAUGUGUCAAGCAUAUUUGCAGGAAUGCUGUACACCCCUUCACUUUCUAUCCACCUGACAUCCACCUUUCAGAACUUGAUUCCUACCUCAGCAGACAACAGUUGAUGUUUUCCCAGGACAGUUUGGAGAUGGUGAAUCCUGUACAUUCUUCCUAUUGUGCAUCUAUAAAGGAGCCUUUUGCUUGUGUUCGCAUCCCUUUAGUCCGCAAUUUAAUGUUUGUCGGUGGUUACGUUAAGUGUCUUUCGUGGUCGCCUUGCUUCAUCUCCGAUGCCCAUGUCCAAGAGGACCAGCCAUCCUUCCUUGCAGUCUCCACCUUCCGUUCACCUGCCACCCGACCAAAGUACUCCGACCUCACGCAGCCUGGACCGGGUGUUAUCCAGAUCUUUCAAUGUUCUGGCCUAUCUCUCUGCAAAGGGUACAUUCUCUAUGCUUUAUAG